AUGAACGAACCGGGACUUCCCCAGCCCGCUGAUCCUACGAAAUGGACGUUCUUCGACAUUCCCCGGGAGAUUCGAGAUUCCAUGUAUGCUGAAGCGCUUGGAGGACACACACUCGAAAUUGUAGUCUCGUCUACUUAUCUACAGGCCUACAUGGCUAUGGGGGGCUCUAUCGACUCGCCGAAAAGUGUCCUAAGCCUAACUACGCUUUGUUCUUCGGGAGUAGUUCCGCGUACGUGGGCAUGGAAAAGAAACCAGGGGCUAAUCAAGACACAUUUCCCUGUGCUCAAAUCGAUGCUUAUUACGGUUAAGGCAACAUCAGAGUUGAAGCGAGAAGUACCCUUUAGCUGGAAAACUCGGCUAGAUACAUUCCUCGACGAUUUUGGACCCGCUGGCCUUGUCACUAAAGAAGCGGCAUUGGUAGAGACAGUGAAGUACUUCUGUGUCCCCUUAGGCUGCAUCAAGCAGAGAGACGGGUCGAUGGUGACUGUGGGCUUGGAUCUCCUCUGGGAGGAAUUGAAGCGACGGAAAGAGCAAAAAGAACGGUAUGGAGCCGAGAACACCGAGAGAGAACUAUUUUGGGACUUGGAUGCAGAGACCACUAGGAAGAUUGUCGACCCAAGGAUCGCGGUGGACAUGUUUGGCAUGGAUUCGCGAAACGGAACCAUGGAACGACUCUUGUAGCUUAAAACACUCCACACUCGUCUCAAAUUAAAGACCACUUCUUCCUUCCACCGCACUUUCUAUGUCACUCCUUCCUUGUGCAACGACGACACGAAAUUCGCAUUCGCCUCAUUUUAAUAACACCGCACUUAUCCACGUCGGACUUCGCCACAAUGAGAUCGAAACCAUAUGCCCCCAUCUGAAACACAGAGGAUGGCAUAAACACAAAGAAUGGCAUAAACCUUACCAAUGCCCUGGGACACCAUGCCAUAAUUGCAGCCAACCCGGUCACAUCACAUGGAACUGCAACCCUCCGAACGUCCUCGCCACCAACGAGCCAGGUCUUCCUGAACCUGCGGACCCUACCAAGUGGUCCUUCUUCGUCAACAUCCCACGAGAAAUCUGAGACAUGAUUUACGCCGAG